AUGCGACACCAAACAGGGCGGCGGCGACGACAGCCUUCAGAAUCUUCAAAUGGCUCAUUAGCUAGCAGGCGUUCUUCUUUCGCACAGAACGGAAAUUCUUCCAGAAAAAGUUCUGAAUUGAGAGGACCAUGCGAAAAAGUAGUUCACACUGCUCAAGAUUCACUAUUCUCCACCAGUUCAGGUUGGACGAAUUUCCGUGGUUUUUUCAACUUGUCCAUAUUGCUGCUGGUGCUCUCAAACGGCCGUGUUGCUCUGGAAAAUGUGAUAAAGUACGGUAUAUUGAUAACUCCACUCCAAUGGAUGUCCACGUUCGUCGAGCACAACUACUCGAUCUGGAGUUGGCCGAAUCUUGCUCUCAUUCUCUGCUCCAACAUUCAAAUUGUUCUAGUCCUCGGAGUUGAGAAGGUCCUUGAGCGUGGAUGGCUGGGCAAUGCAUUCGCCGCAGUAUUCUACACAGUCCUUGUGAUCGUCCAUCUCACGAUCCCCGUAGUUGUUACCCUCACACAUACGUGGAAGAAUCCAUUAUGGUCAGUUGGAAUGAUGGGAGUGUAUGUUAUCGAAGCUCUGAAGUUUAUCUCAUACGGACAUGUAAACUACUGGGCACGUGAUGCGCGACGAAAGAUAACCGAGCUGAAGACUCAAGUAACCGAUUUGGCUAAGAAGACAUGCGAUCCAAAACAGUUUUGGGAUUUGAAGGAUGAGCUGUCGAUGCACCAAAUGGCCGCUGCUUAUCCAUCCAAUUUGUCGUUUUCGAAUAUCUAUUAUUUCAUGGCGGCACCUACCCUCUGCUACGAAUUCAAGUUUCCAAGAACACUCAGGAUCCGCAAACACUUUUUGAUCAAGAGAACUGUCGAGCUGAUCUUCCUAUCUUUUCUUAUAGCCGCUCUUGUUCAACAAUGGGUUGUUCCGACUGUCCGAAACAGUAUGAAGCCACUGAGCGAGAUGGAAUACUCGAGAUGUUUGGAACGUCUUCUGAAGCUUGCUAUUCCAAAUCAUCUCAUUUGGCUUCUCUUCUUCUAUACAUUCUUCCACUCUUUCCUGAAUUUGGUUGCUGAACUUCUGCGAUUUGCCGAUCGAGAGUUCUAUCGUGACUUCUGGAAUUCCGAAACCAUUUCCUAUUUCUGGAAGUCCUGGAAUAUUCCAGUUCAUCGCUUUGCGGUUCGCCACAUUUACAGUCCAAUGAUGAGGAACAACUUCACCAAAAUGAGUGCAUUUUUCGUUGUGUUCUUCGUGUCGGCGUUCUUCCACGAAUAUCUAGUAUCAGUGCCAUUGAAGAUGUUCCGGUUAUGGUCGUACUACGGAAUGAUGGGUCAGAUUCCAUUGUCCUACAUCACUGAUAAAAUCGUACGAGGCGGAAGAACAGGAAACAUAAUUGUUUGGCUCUCGUUGAUUGUUGGUCAGCCACUUGCCAUUCUCAUGUACGGUCAUGACUGGUACAUUCUCAACUUCGGAGUUCCAUCUGCCACUAAUCAAACUGUGAUCAUCUGA